CCUAAACUCUACACCUCUCAAACAAGCACGUUAAACAGAAAACCAAAACAAGCCCAUGGCUCGAGCUUCAUUGGGAGCAAUGCCUCUCAAAUUCUCCUCUCUCUUCAACAGGAAACCCCCCCAAGUCCUCAUCUCCCUCUCCCCAUUCUCCACUUCUCUCCAUCGCAACGCACUGAGACCACCCAACAUUCCUUUACCCAAAGAUGAAGACCCCAGCUACAACAAUACCCACAACGACAGCAGCAGGAGCAACCCAUCAAGAAGGAGCCGCAACGAGCUCAAGAGAGAGGCUCGACGCUCGGUCAAAUGGGGAAUGGAGCUCGCCAAGUUCAACAAUUCCCAAAUCAAGCGCGUUCUGAGAGUUGCUGGGCUUGAUGAAGAUGUGUUUGAUGCUCUAAUGCUGGUGAAGAGAUUGGGGCCUGAUGUUCGAGAAGGAAAGAGGAGGCAGUUCAAUUAUAUAGGAAGACUUCUGCGGGAAGCAGAACCAGAGCUAAUGGAGGCUCUAAUUCAGGCUUCUAGAGACGGGGAUAAUAAUAGGCUACAGGCUUUAACUGCUGGGACAUCAAAAUUUAUAGAAGCCGAUGAAGCUGAAGAAGAUAUGACAUAUGAGGAUGAAGAGAACAUUGAUGAUGAGGGAUCUGGAAAUCAUAUAGAGGUAGCGGCCAGAUGGUUUGACGGCCUUAUUUACAGAGAUCAAUCAAUCACAAAAGAAGUCUACUCAGUUCAUAAUAUUGAAUAUGACCGACAGGAACUGCGAAAACUUGUUCGACAAGUGCAAUCAAUCCAAGAAGCCUUACUGGCUGAAGAAAGUGAUACAAAAGACGAUUCCAAGUUGACCAGAGCGAAGAAGCCCCUCAUUCGUUUCUUACGUUCUCUAGCAAAACAAUCAUUGGUCGAAUAAAGGAAGCAACACGGCUGUGAUUCCCAUCACUUUCAACUGUAUCAGCAUGCCAAUGAGCUAAAAUUUUCGAACAAAAUCUUUGCUGUUGUGGCGAAGACUUUCAUCACAAGGUUAUAUUCAUCGGCGAUCACAACUUCUGGCGUUCACAAGAGUGGAGGUUCAAUAGUCUUUGUCGAUGAGGGAUAUCUUCAUGCAUCAAAUGCCAGAAGGUAUGCUAUUUUACUGAGAACUUGAUGAUUCCAAGCUACAUGGUAUUUUACUGAGAACUUGAUGGAAACAAAUUAAGUCUUCUUUUGUGAUGAUUCCAAAUGUACGUUGGCGCUUUUUUGUUAUUUAUUCACUAGCGUGUGCUUUUACAUCAUGGGCAUUAUGUGAAAGGAAUCUAGUUUGCUA